UGUGGCGGAGCCUUCCGAGGCCCUGUAGUAAAUUUGCCCCAUUGUGUUAGUGGCCCUCACAGCAUCAUAUAGGAUAAUGGCAGAAAUUGUGUCAGAUCUCCCCCUGAUAUGUGUGGUUUUCUUCUACUUCAAGAGAACAGGAGCAGUAAUUCCUUCAAGUCAGCCUCAUUGCAGCUAUAUGAUCAAUUGUUCAAAGGGUACCAGAAGGACAUAAGGCCAGUGAAGAACUGGGCAGAUCCCACAAUCGUGGCCAUAGAUAUUACAAUAUAUGCAAUCUUAAAUGUGGAUGAAAAGAAUCAGUUAUUGGCAAACUACAUAUGGUAUCGUCAGAGCUGGACUGAUGAGCAUUUGAUGUGGAAUCCAGAAAUGUUUGGCAACAUAAAGAGAAUUGCCAUUCCAACUAACCGCAUCUGGGUCCCAGAUAUACAUAUUCAAGAGCUGUGAGUAUCAAUAGUGAACUUGCUCAAGACUAUUGCACUAAACUCAUGGUUACAACCUUACCCCUGUCAGUGUUAUAUUUACAGAAUACGCGUUGAAUUGUAUAAAUGGAUCAUGA